GUGUAUGGCUAUUUUAUUCGGCGCGAAAAUGAUGAGCUUAAGGAGGAGAAGCCGCAAGAAGAAGAAAUUGUUAUUGAUGCCAAAUCGGUUAUGAAAUGCAUUAGCGAACUGCAUCUUAAUUCCGCAUGCAUUGUUCGCGUGGACACGGCCGGGAUCGUCCAGCAGAGGUCUCCAACAGGCAGCAAGAAACAGCCUUAG